AAAAACCUACUGAACAACGACGAAGCUGCUUCACAGAACAGCAGAAGCUGACUUGAUCUGAUACAACACACUCAGCUGCUGAAUAGGGAUGUCUUCUUUUUUUAAAGUUUUCUGAUAUUUGUCAGCGGACUAAAAGCAGGAUCCGAAGGCAGACGUUCUUCUACAAGAGGUUUAAUUAUAAUUGUGGAUCACUGUCAUUGGAUCAAGGUAUCGAGGUCUUCACCAAAGCCGAGGAUUAGACCGACACAAUGGAGGAACUAAGAUUCAGGGGGAAGAAAAGAGAGGGAAGGCACAGGGACACAUGGGAUCCCUUCCAGCUGAACCCGGUAGGAGCAGAGAAGGAGGAGAAAAAGAGGUGCUUCCUGAUGGCUCAGUACCUUGUGGCUGUCAUUGUGGGGGUGGCAGUGUUGGUCAGCGCUGUUAUUGCUAAGGGGUCUCUCUUGAUCUUGUCAGCAUUGUCCAGUCCAAAAUCACUGCGUAACGACAGAGACAGACAGUUCUACAUGCUGAUGUUGGUGUUUUGCCUGGUCUGGCCGAACUUCUUGGUGUUUUUGAAGUCCUUGUGGCGCUGUGCCUUCAAGAAGUUUGAGCCCCCCAACAUGAAGACCAUGGGCAUGAUUUGUGCCAUUGAGUGUUUGGUGUCUCUCGGUACUUCAGUCCUGGUCCUAAUUGUUAUGCCUCAGUUUGACGUUCUGACGAAUCUCUUCAUCAGCGGCGGAGUCUGCAUUGUCUCUGCAGUGUUACAGAUCGUGUUCAGAUUGCAACGGGAAAACUGGAAGAUUCUGUUCCCAAUCUGCUCCCUCACACUCACCAGUGUUGGUUACUGCCUCCUGGGAAUGGACUACUAUGUUCGUACAGAGUCACAUGUGGAUCGACAAACCUCCGAAUGCUUUUACUACGUGGGCGUGGGUAUUUUCUCAUCACUCCUCAUCUCAUUCUGCUGGUGGGAAAAUACGAUGCAGGCUAGAAACCGCAUGCAGAAAACACUGUCAGAGUUGGAAAGGUUCAAGGACUUUGUAUUCGUCAUCAGCAGCAUUUUGAGAAUACUGGUGAUAGGAGCUGUGUACCUCAUCUACUAUAAACUCUGUAAGAACUCUAUCGUAUGGUCUAACUUUAACCUGGCUGAUCAUCAGGAUGUCCUGCAAUUAGGCCUUGUGCUCUUCUUCUUACAGGCGUUCUGCUCAGCAGCCUGCCACUGGUUUGGUGUGGUUGCCUGUAAGAUUCAUGCUGUCCGGAUGAGCUUUGCUUUGCCGCUGUGCUGCACCGGCCCUGUAGUGCUCGGGUUGGGCCUGAUACUCUUCCUGACACAAGGACAUCAUUUGGAUCAGACAAAGUCAACCAGCAUCGUUGAUUUCUGUGCAAAAUUGUAUUUGUUGAAGGACAAAAACACAACUAACGUUGCAUUGUUAGAGAUGACCCGGAGCAUCUGCAGGACUUCACUCAACAGCCACUACUUGCAAUGGCCUUUUCUCAUGUUGGCCCUGGAGGGAGUGUGCAUGUGGGGUGGCUUCGUCACAUGUACCUAUUAUGUGUGGAAGAUUAAGGUCCAGCGUAUAGAGAGAACAUCUCAGCUCUUUGUUCGUCGACUGUACGAAUCUGCCUUCAUCGACCUGUCUCUGCUACUCAACACUAAGAUGAAGCUACCAAAAGCCCAAACAAAUGACAGCCAAGAUGAACUGCAAAGUGUUGUGAUCUAUCUUUGUGCCACCAUGUGGCAUGAGACCUAUGAUGAGAUGCUGAAGAUUCUCACCUCCAUGUUCAGGCUGGAUCGUUAUCGAGGGGAUCCAAAGGAGGAGCACAAGGACAGUUUUGACUUUGAAUGUCACAUAUUUGUAGACGAUGCAUUCAUGACUGAAAAGGAGACGAAAAAAAGAUUGGUCAAUGAGUAUGUGGAAGACUUGAUUCAUGUUGUAACGGAGGUUUACAGAGUGUUCACCAACAAAGAGCCAGACGACGUGUCGAUCAUUGAGACUCCCUAUGGUGGGAGGCUAAUGUUUGUCUUGCCUGAGGGUAACAUGCUCUAUGUUCACCUAAAGGACAAAGCUCUUAUUCGCAACAAAAAAAGAUGGUCCCAGAUAAUGUACAUGUACUAUCUGCUCGGCUGGAAAGGUUACAUUUCCAAGAACCCCCAGAAAAUGCCCCGCAUGGAAACCAGCAGAGAAAGUCUGAUCUCUAUGGACGGUGAGAUUUUCCUUUUGCCCCAGUAUGACAACGACAACAAGAGAAGAUUCAUUUCAGACGACAACACAUAUAUCCUGGCUCUGGACGGAGACACGGACUUCCAUCCUAAAGCAGUGGUUCUGCUUGUGGACAGGCUGAGAAUGUAUUACAACGUAGGUGCAGCAUGUGGCAGAAUCCAUCCGACUGGCAUGGGUCCCAUGGUUUGGUACCAGAAGUUUGAAUACGCAGUGGGCCAUUGGCUACAGAAGACGGCAGAGCACGUGUUUGGCUCCGUGUUGUGCAGUCCGGGAUGUUUCAGUCUGUUCAGGGGGUCAGCGCUGAUGGACGACAAUAUUUUGAAGAAGUACACAACAACUGCGACAAGAGGAGCGGAGUAUGUGCAGUAUGAUCAAGGGGAGGAUCGUUGGUUGUGCACUUUGUUACUGCAACAAGGAUGGCGUGUGGAAUACAACGCCGCAUCGGAUGCCUACACAAACUCACCACAGGAGUUCAAAGAGUUUUACAACCAGAGGAGACGAUGGGGACCUUCUACACUGGCUAACACACUGGACCUUUUGCACAGCGGAAAAGAGACGGUGAAGAGAAAUCAGUCCAUCUCAGGGCUUUAUAUCUUCUAUCAGAUGUUUACCGUUGGAUCCUCUAUUCUGGGACCCGCCUCUGUGACACUUAUGAUUGCAGGAGCAAUGCAGUUCAUCUUCGGAAUGAAAGGUGAAUACACCAUCCUCAUCGCUUGCGUCCCUCCCACCUUCUACAUCAUCAUUUGCUUUACAACUAAAGCAAAUACCCAGAUAACAAUUGCUGGCAUCAUGAGCGUUAUUUACGCCUUCCUCAUGACUGCAUCCUUCUUCUCCAUCAUUGGUGACAUGGUGGUACAGGGCACAUUCUUGACCCCCACUGGUGUGUUUCUGGUUUCAAUGGCUAUAAUGUACAUGGUGACAGCCAUACUACACCCUGAAGAAUUUGGGUUGAUCAUCUAUGGCCUGAUGUAUUUCAUCUGUAUCCCCAGUGGCUACCUCCUGCUGACCAUCUACUCGCUGGUUAACAUGAACAAUGUGUCUUGGGGCACAAGAGAAGCCAAGGAGGAAGGAGAAGAGAAGAAAUCUCAGAGCGUUUUGUGCAACAAAGACUGUAGACUCUGCUGCUGGGACAUGAAGAUACAGAUAACCCAGGAAGCAGAAAACCCCAUGCUUCAACAGAUCGUUGGUUUUACCGGACAGAAAGCGCCUCUCCUUCAGCUCACCAACCAAGAAACACAAGCGCAGGCUGCCUCAAAUCCAGAGCCUCAAACCAAACCCGAAACCGCAACAGAAAAAGAUGCAAAGGUUAAAAAUCCUCCAGCUGACAAAAACAAAACUCCAGCAUUGAAAGACAAGGACGCCUCCGCCACUCAUGAUGAUAAAGAUGAGAAAAACAGCAUAAUGUCUGAUUCAUCCGAUUACUCUGAUGAAGACGAUGUUGACUUUAUGAAUGCCGAUUUGGAGGAAAUGGAAGACAUCCCCGUCAGCGACUGGGUGGAGCCUGUCAAGACAGAGUUUUUGAAGAAGCUAACUUAUUUCAACAUGAAGAGAAAUCUACAGGCGCAACUACGGUACACGCUUCGCAACAAGAAUCAGGAUGACGUGUGUGAAGACCUGGUCCUAAUGUUGACAGACACGUUAAAUAUGAGACUCAGCAAAGUGGGACCUGAGGAUAUUUUGGAUCAAGCUGAGGUCGACGAGUUACAGCAUGAACUGACGAAUCAGGCUCGACACAUCCUGAAGAACAAUAGAAUGACGAAGUUAGAGAAGAGAGUGAAACGAGCCAUAGAGAAAACCCUCAGUGCCCCACAAGUGCAAAGGCUGGACGAGGGUGAGACGGACUUCUGGCAUAAGUUGAUCGAACGAUAUUUGAAGCCUAUCAAUGAUUCACCGGAACACAAGGAGAGAGUCAGCAAAGAACUGAAGUCACUGCGAAACAAGGCGGUCUUCCUGUAUUUCAUCAUCAAUGUGCUGUGGGUGGUAGCAACUUUCUUCCUGCAGAUCAUUGGAAAUGACAUAAUCAGCAUCAAGAUUCCCAAAUAUAGCACUGAUGGAAAUGCAACAGGAGAGUACCUGAAGGUGGAGCCUCUCAGUUUGAUGUUCCUGUUUUCCUUUGCCAUUCUUCUUCUCGUCCAGUUUGUGGCCAUGUUGUAUCACAGGGUCUACACUCUGAUCCACGUGGUGUCCUACCGUAGCACAGAGAAGGACUACAAAGAGAAAGAUGUGGAGGAAGAAGAGGAGGACCCCACUAUCGAGAACGCUUAUGCCGUUUCUAUCAGCAGUGAGGACUUCCAGCUGUAACAAGAAAUCAAAACCUCUCAUCGUCCAUUUCUUCCAUUGUUGGUUUAUACCUUCAAGCAUUCACAUCGUUUUAUAACCCUCUUUUGGUCAUACUUCAGAGAGGUUGUAUUGCCAUUUUUGUAACAAAGCUAUAUUCUAAAUUGGUGAACACAGGAAAUAAUAAACUUUUCAUCUGUUCUGCAGCAGCUGUUUCCCCUCCCAAAGAACUGAUUGUAAUCAAUGUGGGGAGGAACAAAUGGCACAGGGGAAAUCAGUUUUUUUACAAAUUCAAUAAGCUUUGUUUGGCAAUGCAAAAUGAGAACCAGAGAGAACGUUUUAACAAAAUCACUGGAGAGAGUGGUUUUAAUGACUGUUUUACCUAAAUGUGUUUGCUUUCAAGAUUUGUAUUUAUUGUGUUUGUGCGGAUAAAAGCAUCCUUCAGGGGCUAAUUGUAGUGGGUGUCUCAGAGUGUGGGCAUAUCACUCGGAAAUAAUUUAGGGAGUGAAAACAGAGACACAGACAAGGUCCACAGAAAAUCUGUGCUAACUUUUCUUUGUUGUUUUGUCAUUUUGAAUGUCUUUCUGUUAAAUGAUUGACAGAUGUGGCCAUUAUAUCAUGAAAAGAACACGGCACUUCAUUGUUUCUUCCAUUAAAAAAUGAUGAAUAUUUAACUCCUUUUGAAACAAAUGUCUAGAUAGGUUUCCAGAAGUCACUGACAGACUAGCAUAUUUAACGUUUGCACAUAAAAUAGUUAGAAUUGCUGAAUUAGUCAAUACUGAAGUGUAAUUUGGACAGUGUUACCUUUCCUGCACUGCAUUAAAAUUACGAAAUUGUGUGUUAAGCACUUUGAAAACGAGAAGACAUUACUAAACAUCUAUUUUUUUUAAUUGUGUGGACAGGCAAAAUGUAUCUGUAAAAUGAAAUGUAUGCUUGGAAAUAAAUUCAUUUUUUCUGCAGGAAAACGUAAUUUUUGUGAAACACUAAAAGUUUUUAAACCAAACUUGCUUUAAAAACUUUUAAUCACAAAGAGAGGAAUACUUUGCUUCCUUCAAUAAAACCAAAGGUUUGUGCAGUGGUAUUGUGUAAUGCUGGUUUAAGUAAGAUGAAGAUUUUACUCCAUAUUAGCAACAAGGGCCAUGCCAUGGCAAUGAAGUACAAUAAAUAACACAGAUCAUUACACAUAUCAAAAAAAAAUAUUUUUUUAAGUAUUUAUUGGACAAAACGGAUCAAAAUCGUUGUCAAUGUGUGGCCUAAAAGUAGAAAUGUACAGAUUUGAACACAAUGUUUUGUCCUUGCACUCGUAACAUUAGUUCAUUUAUUUUGAGAAGCAGGGAAUCUGUCAAAUUUGAUAUAAUCAACACAAAAAAAACAUACAGAAAGGAAUAGGAUGCAGAUUCAGACCUAAAAUCAUGGAUUGUCCCAGAGGAUGACUAAAUAGCUGAUUGAAAGCACUGUAAUGUAGAAAGCCCAGCACAACUUUAUGGUUUGAAAGAACAUGGUGCCACAGAAAGCACAUAGAUCAAAUCUUGUCAAUUUAAGAGAAGGCAAUAGACAUACUACACAAGGGCAAGAUCACGUUAUUGUUUCUAUGUAUUGUGUGGGGCUGACUGACUUGUUGUUGCAGAUUUAUUUAUAGACGAACAGCUAAAAAAUGUUUCAUGGC